UGCGCUGGAAAUGGAUAUUUUACUUAGUGAAGGCGUUACUUACAAAAGCGGAGAAGGAAACUUGGGAUGGCGUUGACGCCUUAAGUACAAAGGUUCAAUCUAAAAACGGGCUUGUAGGAUAGAGAAAGGAAUUACUGGAUCAGGAGCAGUUUCAUCCCCACCACCACUACCACCAGCAACACCCCGGACCUUUCAUUGUCUCUUGUUUCGCUGCGUCCACUUUGUGAUUGACAGGGCGCCAGGGUUUCCAGUUUCCUGUCUAGUUAAUUUCCCUCGUUCAGAGACACUUUUCUUUUGUGGCAGCGGGGUCCAGAAGGGUCCUCUUCGUAAAGCCUUGGGAUGUGCGCAUUAAACCACGAGGAAUAAUUUGUCAACGUUAGCAGCCGCGACAUGGAGCGGUUGGGAAGUCCCAUGUGAAGCCGAUUGCCAGCGAAAUGCUCAGCCUGAAUCGACACCCAUCCGAGGAGCAAUGAGAGAAUAAAAUUCAUCGAGAGAGAGAGAGAAGUGAAACUAAAACCAGCCAACAUGACGACCACAUUUGAAGACUCAGCUAUAAAGAGCCACGAAAGCUUCAGCUGCCAACCAGACAUCCCUUCGCCUCCUAAAGCGUCUCGGCCAAAGUACAGAUCCAGAGAUAAUAAAGGUGUCAAAGGGAAAAUCAAAAUGCGCUCUCCUUCUGGGCUUUUCAUUAUAUUCGGACUGUUUAUUGUCUUGGUGGGGAUCGCGAUCGCAGUUGUUGGCUACUGGCCGCAUAAGCACAAUUCUUGGGUGUCAGUGACUCAGCAAGGAACAAACUCCAGUGAAUCGAAUGUUGUGACUCAGCGCGUAAGGGUAAAGCUUCAAUCUCAACCUCUGCUAAAGCAUGAGAAGUUGAAGCUGAUUGGACCACUGAUCAUGGGUUUUGGAUUGUUCAUAUUCAUCUGUGCAAACACGGUGUUACAUGAAAACCGGGAUAGGGAAACAAAGCUUUUAGCACAGAGAAAUAUUUAUUCUAUGGCUGGUCACGUUUGUGAUGGAGAGAAUAAAGAACCAAAACAGAUUCAACAUGGUCCCAGUCCUACCUCCACAGAUACCAAUUUUAGAUGUCUAGAACAGUGCUGUGCUACUGAAAAAGCCUGCAGGAUAAUACAUGGCCACACAAGCCCUCAAAGUACAGAUAUAUGGGCAGAUUGUCACAGGUCGUCUGUUAAACAUAAAAUGACUGCCCAGCUGCUGCAUCACAAAAGGCCUUCCCCAUCCAUCUCUCUUCAUAGUGUACAGUCUGACUCCUGCAACUCCAGUGAAAGAAACCUCAACGUCCCCUUGAACUGUGGCUCUGACUCCUCAGUUUCCACAUCAGUCGUAUUACCAGUUAUUAAACUCAACAACUGCAUCAUUGACACUCCUGAUAUUACUGCUGUGGUGGAAGACGUUGAACUGGACCAGAAAGUGGUCAUGAUCUCCACCGAAGACUUAAGCCAGCUGCAGAGCUAUGGGUACAUUCGGUCUAGUAGCAUUCGCAGUGCUGAUGAUGCGACCAGGGUUGUGGACAUGGACUAUUCCUUGCCCAGUAAAUCAUUUUCCACCAGGUUUAUUGGGAAGUUGCUGUCUCCAGGCAUCGCCAGGAAAGUGUACGGUUCAGACAUGCAGCUUCACACAACAUGUAGCUACUCCAAGUCAUUUGACCUUGGGAAGGAUGCGAGUAAGCUCAGUGAACAGAAAGGAGAACGGAAGCAUAGGAGCUGGCCACGCUUGGAUUGCAAUUACAUUAAAAGGUAUCUGAAACUGGAAAACAGAGAAGACUCUGUGGACAGAUUACUUGAACAGAUUGAACGCGAGUAUGCAAGUGAAGAACAGAACAUUCAGGAGCUCAGCAACCCAAAGGAAUGAAAAACAUAAAAGAUGGCUGUAAAUUGGAAGAUUAGAAAUGUAAUGUGGGUUUCAAAUAUUUUAUCCAGGUAAUCAUUUCUGUGAAACCAUCAGUUGGGUACAGUUAAAAAUCUCCUUAGCUGACAGGAACUUAUUGACAAAACUAAUGCCCCAGUUUUGGUUCUUGUUGUAAUUAAACCAUCUUAUAUUUGGUGGGCUACUUGUUGAUCUCUACAGACUUUAGGGUUCAGGUGAGCAAUUGCAGCAAGCAGUGUUGUUCCUUCAGACAGAUAAAACUGUCACCCAUUUCUGACCUGCUGGAGGGUUUUAAAUGACUGCAAGGCUUCAGAGGAAAUUAACUCUACUACCUAUUGCUCAACUGAAUAAAGUUUUUCCUGCGCUCCUAAUACUUGUCCCAAUGUAGUCAGAACCUCUUCUCCCGUGAUUUUCUUUCCUAUUCCCAAAUGGUCAUUUCAGGAGUGGAGCAAUACUCCCUCCUUUUCUUAGUCCACAAUGGAUGGGGUCAGCUCCUAUCUUGAUGCUAACAAGAUUUGUCUCGAUGCUAGCCCCUUUGACUCUUCAAACGUUAAUAAGCUCUCUGACUACUCAUUCAAGAUCAAAUCAUGAAUAAAUAAGAGCUUUUACAUUGUGAAGACUGAAGCCAUGCUAUUUGGCUUCUCCCAAACACUCCAUAUCUUAUCUCUGACAUUUGUUGCCCCUCCCCAGCUGCUCAAUUACCCUGAAUCAGAUCCUGUGUCUUAUUUGACCCCAAACUGACCCUCAACCUCCUACUUUCUAUCCACUAAUAAAAUUAAUUGUUUCCACCUCUCUUACAUUGCCUGAUUGUGCUCUUAACUCAUCUGUCAUUUCUGCCUGUUGCAUCCAUCAUUGCUUCAUACUCUGCUCACUGACCUCCCGAACUCCAUCUUACAAAGCCCUCAGGUAGUGCAACACUCUGCAUCCGCAUUCUUCUCACACCAUGCCCGACUUCUGUCACCCUUUACUUAUCAACAUCCAAUGUUCUAUUCCAGAUAGCCAGGAAGUAAAGGAUGGAACUGGAGUCUAAUCUCUACACAUUUAUAACCUUUUAUUUACAGAGACACACAUUACAAGCAUAGGCCUCCUAACCCAACAACCACAGUUUCACUCUGCUCCUCUUUAUACCUCUUUUGAAGAACCCAUAAAGAGUUAAGUAUCCCACUGGAAUUUAAUAAAAAAAACUAUUUUAAAGGGAAUUUAAUAGCUCAAAUUAAAAUUAUGUUCCCCGGGGUGGGUUGAUGCACUCCAGCCCUCUGGUGCCCACCGUUCAUGUGAAGCCUGAAGCAGACUGGCAGACACUGCAUACUCUCUCUCCAGGGACACUUAGGCAUGGAGGUAGCUGCAGAAGAGAGGAAGGCAGUCCAGCUGUAUGACCUCCAUGACUGCCCACUGUCUGGACCUGUUAAUGGCCCACCACCCUUGGCCAGGCCCAGGAGCAGUCCCACAGGAAGGUCUCCCGAUCUUCCCACUCCCCUCUGCACUGGGUGGUCAAAGAUCAGGAGCGUGGGACUGAAGUACCGGAAAUUGAGGAGCAGCCCCUUCAAAGAAUGAAGAGGGACUGCAGCCUCUCUCAGUCCACACAAAUAUGAAAUACAAAAUAGGAGAAAUUACAGGUGGCCCGGAGUCUGUGAAUCGGCUUAAUCAUCUAUUUUAUGGGACUGCCAUGUGCAACACCCUCCACACCCUGUCCCUGUUUGUAGGAGCCCAGGUGAAUCUCCAGUUAAUGCCCAUCACCUGCAUAUAAUUCAUAGAAUGGUUACAGCGCAGGAAGUCAUUUGGCCCAUUAUGUCAGGACUGGCUUUCUGCAAGAGCCAUUUCCCUAGUGCCUCUCCCCUGUCUUCUCCCCAUAGCCCUGCAAAUCUUUCCUUUUCAGAUAAUGAUUCAAUUCCCCUCUGAAAGCCAUGAUUGAACCUGCCUCCACCACGCUCUCAGGCAGUACAUUCCAGAUCCUAAUCACUUGCUGCGCAAAAAUAUUUUUCUCCAUGUCACUGCUGUUUCUUUUGUUAAUUGCCUUAAAUCUGUGCCCUCUGGUUCUCAAUCCUUCCAGCGGUGGGAACCAUUUCUCUCUAUUGACUUUGUCCAGAUCCCUCAUGAUUUUGAAUACUGUUCCCUUAUCAACUCUCCUCUCAACCUUCUCAUCUCCAAGAACGGUCCCAGCUUUGCAAAUAAAUACUCAAUUACUAUACAAUUAAUAUCCAUUUGUUCCUCAUUCCCAAACGAGGAUGACGAUUUAAAAUUCAAAAUAAUCUGCAGCCUUGCCCUUUCCCAAAGUCUCCUGCAGCACUAUGUUUGUGAAGCUGAUCUCUGCUCUUCUAACACUGGCUUCCUGAGCAGCCCCUCCUCUCACUCCAUCUUCAUUGAAAGAUCCUCCAGCUGUCUACCCUGGAACUUGUUUCUUAAACAUCUCUAAUUGGGGCAUUUUACCACUUUGAAGGCACGAGAUAAAUACAAACUGUAGUUCUAGGAGAAAAAGUGCCUGAUUAUUGCUACAACACUCAUUCACUUGUUUACUGCUUCAUUGUGAUGUUGUCACUUCUGAUGGUUCCUUCAGCUGUGUGGAUGAAUGAGCAGAAAGAACACUGGCUCCUCAGUGGGACCCUGGCAUCAAUGCUAUUUGCAGCUUGAUGAGUUUUCAGGUAGUUAAUUGAACAAAGGCAGGUGGGUUUAUGUUCUUUCGAGAGAUGGCUGGGGGAGGGGGGACAUCCCACUUAUAGUAUGUCUUAUAUAGAAGUCCUGUUCAAAUAUGUGACAGAACUUGUCUAAGGUGCACAGUCUAAAGUCCAUCUGUACGGGGAAGUGUUACAUUGACUCAAGUACAAAUCCAGCAAGCAUACAGGUACAUUCUGCAAAAAAAAGAAACUUUAACCAUAAAAAGUUGUUCAGCUUAAAAUGUACUUCAUUAUGCACAUAUUGACAGUUAUAUUUUUGGACUAGUAACAUUGUUGAGAGGCUCUAUUAGAUGUAAGUUGCCAUUGUUACUUGAGCACACCUUGAAGACUUGCAUAUUUUAAAUUCCAUAUCCUUUGCAGUGCUCCUUCAUCAAAUAUUGGUCUUUUUAUAAAGCCUUAUGAUCUUUAGUUUACCGUUGAGUAAAAUGAUUGCUGGGAUAACAUAUAGCCAUUUAUUCAACUGAAAAACGAUGAUAUCUUUCAUACAACCACAGUCUUAUAUUUAAAACAAAAUCCUUCUCUAAUGUACUGGAAAAUGACCUUGAUCCUGCAUCCAAUCAGGUGAACUACCUCUACUCAAUCUCUUGGUUAUUUAUUGCAAUUUGGAAACAGUUCAAAAAACCUGCACCUUUAAAACAAAUUCCAGCUGUUUUACCCAACAUCUGGUGUAAGUGAGUCUAUCAUGAUACCUGCUUCAAAUUAUUACCAGGCUGAAUAUUGUUUGGGCCCAGAGUGCAACAUAUUGAGAAUGUAUUGCACACGAGGCGUAUACUUUAUGUUUUCCGUUACUGAAUUUGAAGGAGCAAAUUUCGAUGUUGAGUGACAAAAGAUAAAACGUUCUCGUUACAGAUGUGCAUCACUCCAAUCUUCUGUUAGCUUUUCAAUACCCUGUUGACAUGUGACACUCAGUAGAGAAGCUGACAGUAGGUACCAGGCCCAAAUAUUUGUAACCUGUUUUUAUUUAGCAACAUUACUUUUAUUCUUACCUAAUAAAACCAGAAGCAAGA